AUGACUCUCUCGGUCAGCAAAUCUACCGGCACGUCUCGCUGUUGUUCGCAUGGCCUGGUUUGGGACGGCGAAGAGUGCGGAAUCAGUCCUCUAGCCGACGGAGAGUGUCCCCAAGGGACUACAAAAGUUGGUGGGCGCUGUCGAGCCCAAGGUGAAAUGCCAAAGUGUGAUGGAAUUGGCAAAUUAGAAGAUGACCAAUGUGUCUCCCGCCAUCAACCUGAAUGUGCCGAAGGCGCUCUUGAGGGCUCAGAGUGUAUUAUGCGUGAGGAACCAACCUGCGCCGACGGCUUCAAAUUAAUCAAAGACCAGUGUAUAUCGGAAACCCCAGCAAAAUGCCACCAGGAUUCCAAAGCCAUACUCAAGGAUGGUCUCUGCAUUAGUUCGGAGAACCCUAAAUGCCCGGAUGGACAAGAGCUGCAUAAAGGAAAGUGCUAUACAGGCGAUCAUCCUAUCUGUGAUCAGGGAAAUCAUGAUGGCGAAGACGGCUGUGCCACUGGUAGUGACCCACAGUGCCCAGCAAAUAUGACCCUGGUAGGCAAUAAAUGCAUAGCAGAGCACAAGCCCCAGUGCGAUCAAGGCGUGCUUGGCGCGAAUGGCUACUGCAUCAUGAAGGAGAAGCCAAACUGCGGCCCGGGCAGCAAGUUCAUUGGCGGAGAUUGUGUCACUGGUGAACCUAAGUGCCCGAAAAAUCAUCAUACUUGGGAUGGUGGAGAGUGCAUUAGUGACCAAGAUCCUGUAUGUGAAAAUGGGGGUCAUCUAUCCAAUGGCAGAUGCACCCAAUUUGCUGAAGACUGCGGCCCUGAGUAUAUCUAUUAUAAGGGCGAAUGCAUUUCUCCAGAGACUCCAAAAUGCGAGGGAAAAACUGCAUUCAAUGGUACAGCCUGUGUUGGCAGUGAGCCGACUUGUGCGGAAGGCACUUUUGACGGUGAAAACUGUGCCUCACAAGACGAGCCGACAUGUCCCAAGGGUCAGAAAUUCGACGGUAGGAAAUGCGUUAUGGAGCUGGAGCCGGAAUGCCGGGAUAAAACGAAGUUUGAGCGGUCCACUGGGGACUGUGUAUCUAUCAUAGGCCCAGAAUGUGGCCCGGGUCAAAAAUUCAAGGGUGGACGCUGCGUGCUCGAUACUGGCGGUUGCAUGGAUUUCGAGUAUUGUCCUACAGCUGCGGAAGGGCCUGCUACAAUUAGCAAAUCUCCUCUGACAACAAUCUGA